AUGUACUUUCUUCAUACCCACUCGAGCGAGUGUAUAAAGAGCAAAUUCGAUCUCUUCUCUCUGCCAUCUACGCAAACCAGCAUUGAGAGUUCGCAAUGGAUUUAUUACAAACCCGUAACUUCGCUCGCAGACGACUCGCCCAUAGAAUUCGUCAUACCCGGACAUGGAGAAGACUAUCUGGACCUCACUCACACCAUGUUGAGCCUUCGUAUACGCGUAGAAAGCGAGCGCGGGGAGAACACGUCGGUCGCGCCCGAUGGCGAGGCAAAAGUAGGCCCCGUAAAUCAUUUAUUGCAUUCCAUGUUCAACCAAAUCGACGUAUAUUUCAAUCAAAAGCUCGUAUCGCCACCAAACAACGCUUACGCGUACCGCGCGUACAUCGAGGCGUUAUUAAAUUAUGCUUCACCCGCAAAAACCUCCCAUCUAACCUCUUGCUUAUGGGACGCGGAUAUCCCUGGUUACAUGGACGACACGCUAGACGCGACAAAUCCAAAUACAGCGCUCGAGAGACGCGCGCGAUACAUUCGAGGAAAUCGCGCUCUAGAUCUCAUUGGUCAUCUUCACUGCGACGUUUUCAAUCAAGAUAAAUUUUUAAUUAAUGGAGUGGAGGUUAGAAUGAGACUCGUACGCUCGAAAAAUUCAUUUUGUCUUAUGGAGAGUAAAACGCUAUCAAAAAUACGCAUUCUUGAUGCCAGUCUACUCGUAAGAAGAGCAAAAAUAAGCCCGGGCGUGCUCCUCGCACACGCCAGAAUGCUGAGUAAAACUACCGCCAAGUAUCCCCUUACGAGGGUCGAAGUUAAGACAUUCACGAUACACGCCGGCGUCGUGGGGGAAUCGAUAGACAACGCAAUACUCGGGCAGCUACCAAAACGAAUAAUAGUCGGCUUUGUCGAUAACAAAGCGUUUAACGGUGAUAGAAAAUUAAACCCGCCGAUACAACCAAAUUUUUCGAAAAACGACCCGCUCUACGUUGAAGCUUAUCACACAUUAUUCUCCGGAACCGGUAUCCACUUUCUGAACGAGGGCAAUUCUAUAAGUAGAGACGAUUACGCCAACGGCUACACUCUUUUCGCUUUCGAUCUUACUCCCGAUCUAUCCGCUAAUUGCGCGGGACAUUGGAAUCUCGUAAAACACGGAAGCUUACGAUUAGAAGGUUUUCGCGAUGUCGAAGAAAACUUUAUUCCGAAAGAAGUGGCGGUUCUAGCGAUUAAUGCUGCGAUCACCGGACACUGGAUUAUGACGUCACCCUGUCCAUUUGAAGAUUUACCCGUGAGAGCAAAACGAGAAAACAACUGGCUCACGAAAUUAUCAUGA